AGCCGGGACGUAUUAAGAGGCUGGGAGCUGGGCAGCUCCUGGCGUCGCGGGGCUCGCUUCCCUUUCCCUCCUCUCUGACCCUCCCUCCUCCCGCCCACUGCUCCCUCCUCCCUCAGCGCCCUCCAGCCUGCGCGCCCCGAGAACCCGCGGACAGUCUUCCCGGAUUAUGGAGUUUCUGAGUGAGAAGUUUGCCCUGAAAAGUCCGCCAAGUAAAAACAGUGACUUUUACAUGGGCACAGGAGGCGCGUUGGAGCACGUUAUGGAGACCCUGGACAAUGAGUCCUUUUACGGCAAAGCAACGGCAGGCAAAUGCGUGCAGGCCUUCGGGCCGCUGCCGAGAGCUGAGCAUCACGUGCGCCUGGACAGGACCUCGCCCUGUCAGGACAGCAGCGUGAACUACGGGAUCACCAAAGUAGAAGGACAGCCCCUUCACACCGAGCUGAAUCGAGCAAUGGACAGCUGCAACAGCCUCAGGAUGUCUCCGGUGAAAGAGAUGCCAGAGAAGGGCGAACUGGACGAACUUGGGGACAAAUGCGACAGCAACGUCUCCAGCAGCAAGAAGAGGAGACACAGAACUACCUUCACCAGCUUGCAGCUGGAGGAACUCGAAAAGGUCUUCCAAAAAACCCAUUACCCGGAUGUAUAUGUCAGAGAACAGCUCGCACUGAGAACAGAGCUCACUGAGGCCAGGGUCCAGGUUUGGUUUCAAAAUCGAAGGGCCAAGUGGAGAAAAAGAGAACGUUACGGUCAAAUCCAGCAAGCUAAAAGCCAUUUUGCGGCUACCUACGACAUAUCAGUUUUACCGAGAACGGACAGCUACCCGCAGAUUCAGAACAAUUUGUGGGCAGGAAAUGCAAGCGGUGGUUCUGUGGUUACGUCAUGCAUGUUACCACGUGACGCGUCCUCGUGCAUGACUCCUUAUUCGCACUCGCCUCGGACAGAUUCCAGUUACACGGGGUUUUCAAACCACCAGAACCAGUUCGGUCACAUGCCCCUCAACAAUUUUUUCACUGACUCUCUUCUCACUGGGGCUACCAACGGACAUGCAUUUGAAACCAAGCCAGAGUUUGAAAGGAGGUCUUCCAGUAUCGCCGUUCUGAGAAUGAAGGCGAAGGAGCACACCGCCAAUAUUUCAUGGGCCAUGUAACAUACAGUACUCUUUUAUUUUUCUUCUAAUAGCAGAGUAAAACAUUCUUAUUUCUCAUAUUUAAAGGAUACCACAAUAAGCUGCUGUGUGUGGAUGGGCUAAAGGGCAAGAUAUACAGUGAGACCAGCUCACAUGAAUAGUUGUGAUUAUUUAACAAGAAAAUCUAGGAGUGGACCCCUGAAAAGACUAAAUAGGUUUACCAUGCACUAGCCUCCACAAACUCUGUUUUAGUAGUAAGAUUUUUUUCCCUAUUGUACAAGUCAAUGAAAUAUGGUCAUGCAACUUCUUAAAGGAAUAAAUGUAUUAAACAAAUCCUUCUGUGAUAGAUUGAUUUAUGCUAGUUGUGGAUAACAAGAAAUUCCUUGUAAAAUGAUUCCUGAUAAACGAGGAAAAACCCUGGGGGAAAAGGCAAUAUUGAACCAGGGGACUUCGAGAGCUAACGCCAUUUCCCCUUCCAUGGCUCCAAGACACAAUGCUCGUAUACUCUGUUGCUCAGAAUUUAUCUUCAAGACUCAAGAUUUUUUUUUCAACCUUUCAAUGUUUUAGUGAAUUUCUACUCAGCAGGGUGGGGGGAAAUCUUUCUGAAUGAACUGGUAUUUGCAUGAAAUAGUUGAGCACAGUUUCUUGCAAGCAUAUGGCUAAAGGUGACAACUGAAAUAUUCUGGUGGGAUUUAAAGUCGAGCCAACUGGACAGGUUUUAUAAAUGCAACGUUUAGGUGAAGAGGCAAGCAUGAAGAUGGUGACUUAGUGAUUAAAAUCAAGAAAUGAUUGCAAAUGUGAUGUUGCUUUCGUGCUAAAAUCAGGUUGAUUGAAUCACAUACACAGAUGUCUAGCAAAUUCUUGGUAAUUUUUCAAUCAAAGGAACAUCAGCUGGGAACUAAAGUUUGCUUUGUGGGUAUGUGCAUGCUCAAAUGCAUGCUUGUCUGGUUCUUGAUGCUCUGUGGGUUAAGCACUUCUGCUACUGUGUUUUGCAGAGAAAAUUAAGAUGUCAGGAGGCUCUCCAACAUUUCUAGGUUUUUUUUUUUAAAAGAGAAGGAAGAAGAAAAAUA